GCCACCACAUGUACCAGAGUAGCAGAGAAAAAUUAACAAAAUUAAACAUCAGUAGAAAUGGAAGGAAGAAACUUCCUUAGAUAUCUUUUCUUUCUCAUGAGCAUAAUCUUGCUCUUAUUUUUCACUUUUUUAAAUUUACCAUCUCCUCUUUCUCACACAACUGAGUUGUUGGACUGCACCACUUACUCCCCAUGGUGCAGUUCAAGAAAACCUUUUUUUCUCCGAAAUUCCAAUAAAGACAAAAAACACUACGCCGAUUUCCCAAAUCACCCUUUAGACCCGUUAACCAUACAAGAAAUUCAAAAGGUGAAAAAAAUUAUUAACUCCCUCGAUGAUUUUAAAGUAAAGGGUAGUUAUGUACUUCACUCUGUGGUACUUGAAGAGCCAGAGAAAGAGGUGGUGUUGAAUUGGAGAAAAGGCCAACGGCUUCCGUCGAGGAAGGCGUCGGUCGUUGCACGUGCACACGGUGAUGUGCACGUGCUCACCGUGGAUAUUGAGGCGGAUCGUGUGACCCACCGUGAAAUGGAUCAUCUUUCGGGUUACCCGAUCUUGACUAUCGAGGAUAUGAUCACGGCGACUGCUGCCCCGCUUGGUAACUCUGAUUUUAACCGUACGAUUAUUCAGCGUGGAGUUGAUUUGGGUGAUCUUGCUUGUUUGCCUAUCUCCACUGGUUGGUAUGGAAAAGUUGAGGAGAAAAGAAGAGUAAUUAAAGUUCAGUGCUAUACAAUGAAGGACACAAUUAAUUUCUACAUGAGACCCAUUGAAGGACUAACAGUACUACUCGAUUUAGACACCAAACAAGUUAUACAAAUUUUAGACGAGGGAAAGAACAUACCAAUACCAAAGGCCGCCGACACAGACUAUCGUUUCUCUACUCAAAAAAAUACACAAAAACUAAACUUACUCAAGCCAAUAUCUAUCGAACAACCAAACGGUCCAAGUUUCACUAUAGAGGAUAACCAUAUAGUGAAAUGGGCAAACUGGGAAUUUCACCUUAAACCCGACCCGAGAGCCGGUGUGAUUAUAUCCCGGGUCAUGGUCCAGGAUCCGGAUACGGGGAAAAUGAGAAAUGUGAUGUACAAAGGAUUUACAUCGGAGCUUUUUGUACCGUAUAUGGAUCCUUCGGAUGCAUGGUAUUUUAAGACGUAUAUGGAUGCUGGAGAAUACGGGUUCGGGUUACAAGCUAUGCCACUUGACCCGUUAAAUGAUUGCCCACGUAAUGCAUAUUAUAUGGAUGGUGUGUUUGUGGCAGCUGAUGGAACGCCAUAUGUUCGUUCGAAUAUGAUUUGUGUGUUUGAAAGCUAUGCUGGUGAUAUUGGAUGGCGACACGCUGAAUCUCCUAUCACUGGUUUGCCUAUUCGAGAAGUGAGGCCAAAGGUGACGUUAAUGGUGAGAAUGGCAGCGUCAGUAGCAAACUAUGAUUACAUUGUGGAUUGGGAGUUUCAAACGGAUGGACUUAUCCGAGUUAAGGUGGGACUAAGUGGAAUAUUGAUGGUGAAAGGCUCUCCAUAUGUGAACAUGAAUCAAGUGAACCAAAAUGAGUAUCUCUAUGGCACUCUCUUAUCAGAAAACAUAAUUGGUGUAAUCCAUGAUCAUUACAUAACUUUCCAUCUUGAUAUGGAUAUCGAUGGAUCGAACAAUUCUUUCGUGAAGGUAAAUCUCCAGAAAGCAACAACUUCUCCAGGCGAAUCGCCACGAAAAAGUUACUUAAAAGCUGUUAGAAAUGUGGCUAAAACUGAAAAAGAUGCACAAAUUAAGCUCAAGUUAUAUGAUCCUUCAGAAUUUCAUGUAAUUAAUCCUAACAAGAAGUCAAGAGUUGGAAAUCCUGCUGGUUAUAAAAUUGUUCCUGGUGGUACUGCUGCUAGUUUGCUUGACCUUGAUGAUCCACCACAGAAGAGAGGUGCUUUUACUAAUAACCAAAUUUGGGUCACUCCUUAUAAUGAAUCUGAACAAUGGGCUGCUGGCUUGUUUGUUUACCAAAGUCAAGGAGAUGAUACUCUUGCUGUUUGGUCUAACAGAGACAGGCCAAUUGAGAAUAAAGACAUAGUGCUGUGGUAUACAUUAGGUUUCCAUCAUAUUCCAUGUCAAGAGGACUUCCCAAUUAUGCCAACAGUAUCAUCAAGUUUUGAGAUAAAGCCAGUGAAUUUUUUUGAGAGCAACCCAAUUCUGAGGAUUCCACCUAAUUCUCCAAAUGACCUGCCAAUUUGCAAAGCUGCUGCUUCUGCUUGAUCAUCAGUGUGUUCUUUCUCUUGUCAAGUGUGCAUAAUAUGUAUAAAAGAAGGCGAUAGACUUGUAUUUUAGUCUCAAAAUUUCAUGAAUAAAAAGUGAACUAGUUAGUUAAUUAGUUGCAAUUUCAUUUCUGAUGUUAUUAUUGUAGGAAAAUGUUGUGUUUGACUGGGAAUUGAACACAAACAAUGAAACUUUGAAAAAUGGGAUUGUUAACAAAUAGUUGGCCA